CCUUCAUUUAAUCUUAAGCUUAAACAAGCAAGCCUAAUAUUAAAGAUGGCUGACAAAAGAGAAUCCGGUCGUAUCAAGGAGGUUGAGCAGCGACGUGUGCUAGAUGCAGCUGCAAGGCGGAGACGCCAGCGGAAAGCCCUUGAGGCACUGGAACAAGACAACUUUCAGGAUGACCCUCACGCUGACCUCAAGAUGAGCAAGAAAGCCCCAAAGUUUGAGGAAUCCAUGGAGACAACUCCUCAACAUGGCAGCAGAAAGAAGAAAAAGUACAGGAGUGACCAUCUCAAGUACAGAUUCAAGAAGAGCUUUGCUGCUCUCAUUGAAGAGGAGCAUAUGACGAACAAAGAUCCUCCCAACUACGUGAGCGCAUGUGCACCUCCGUCACACCUCCCUCCAAGACACUUCUGUGCCGUCUGCGGCUAUAUCUCCACAUAUACGUGUGUGCAGUGUGGGGCCAGAUACUGCAGUGUCAAAUGUCUCGGAACGCACCAUGACACAAGGUGUUUGAAAUGGACAGCUUGAGCUUGGAACUUAAGCAAACAAAAGCUGGUAUCAAAUUGUUUCUGUCCUUUCGGAAGAAGCGAACAAAUCAAGAGUAUCUGUUCAAGACUUGGACACUGUGAUAUAAGGUCUUACAUUAUGAAGCUCUUUUCAUGAUUUAAUUCAUUGAACAAUACUUUUAUGUCAAAGGAGAGCUGUGUCCCUAAUGUCUGAUGCAUAGUUUGGGACAAAUGCUGUUGGAGAUGAAUAGACAAUGUGCUGGGAACUUAAGGACUUAAAGACACUCUCAAACGUUUUAUAGUGUCAUUUAUUUUUUAAUUUAUUUCGAGUGUAAUGUAAACACACUGAUUUUAACAACAGUAAGUCAGUUAAUCAUGCUCUUCUGUUUCUCAAAAAAUGAAAAUAUAUGAAGGAAUAAGUUCAUUUUGCCAAAAAGCCUUUUAUAGUAACAACAAUGAAAAUUGGAUGAUUUUAAGGUCCAAUUUACAAAUUUCUGUUCAAAUGUCUGUGAGGUACUGUUUGGUGUUUGUUUAUAAUGAUAUAUGAAUGAAUCAUGUUGAACUCCUUUAAAUGUAAUCAUAUUUUGCCAACAUGCAAUCUGUGGGUGAGUUCCUUAAUAGGUAGUUAUUUUUUGUUUGAUUGUUUUAAGUUGUAUACAUGACAGAAAUAAAGUGAAAAUUUCCAAUUUU